GCAGUUUCCCUUCAGCCCCGUAGUAGGGCCACUUUGCUCGGGUCAUGUCCACCUUUCGAAAUACGGAUCCCGCGGUCAGGAUCUACUUCCAGAAAUACUCCAUACCCGACAUCUAUGAGGCUCUUCUGAGUGGUUUAUUACUUAUGUGCCCAGAUGACCCACUUAGGUUUUUAGAAGAAAAGAUCAAAGAAAUGAUGGGAAAUGGUCUGACUGGUGUUUUAUGGAAUAUGUGUAUUGAUCCUACCUUAAGCCUAAGGUUAAAAGUAAUUUCAGAAACAUAUUUACACACCCUUUUAGGACUCGAUGAUGAUCAACUGAUGACUAUAGAGUUGUGUCAGAAAGCAUGGAACUUUCAUACCACCAAUUUAAAGAGAAAAUGCUUUGAGGCCUGGAGACAUUAUGGUGCUAUGAGGAAAUCUGCACACGUUAUCCUGGAGAAGAAGAUGACUGCUGCAAGAGGCUUUUACAAAGGCCGGGUUUUAAGGCAGGGCCUAAGGAAGUGGAAAGAUUGGAUGCAUUUCCGCAAAAAGCAGCACAAAUUGGCAGCAUCAAGGAUAGGAAAAGUCUUUACUUUAACUUUACAGAAGGCUACCUUAUCGGCCUGGCGAAGAGAGGCUUGCUAUAAUAGAAGAGCUAAAAAAUGCAUUGCGCAUUUACAAAAAAAAGAUAUUGAGGAAACAGAUAAACAACUUCAUGCUGAAAUUCAUGAAAGACGUCCUUCUGAAAGACGUCUUUCUGAAAGACGUCCUUCUGAAAGACGUUUUCCUGAAAGACGUUUUUCUGAUAGACGUCCAACUGCUGAAAGACUCCUGCAUUUCGACCGCAAUGUGCCUGCAAGAUUAACAGGUUUGGCAAAAUUGCCACAAAAUGCAUUAGUGCAGAUCUUUCAGUAUUUAAACUUAAUUGACUUGGGAAGAUGUUCUCAAGUUUGUCAAUCAUGGAACACAAUGACACAUGUUUGUUCAAUUUGGAGUAGUAUUAAUUUUUCUCAAGUAAAAGACAAAAUAGAAGACCAUAUAGGAGGAAAUAUCUUGCUGAAGUGGCGUGCUUGUGUGGUACAUUUGAAUCUUCAUAGUUGUGCGGCACUGCAAUGGCAUACUUUUAAAAGUAUUGGUUUGUGCAAGAAUCUGCAAGAGUUAAAUGUAUCCAAAUGCCAAGGAUUAAAUGAUGAAUUAAUGAGGCUUGUAUCAGAAGGCUGCCCAGCUCUGCUUCACUUAAAUUUAUCUCACACUGAUAUUACAAAUGGGACAUUAAGGCUUCUAUCAAGGAGCUUCUCAAAUUUGCAACAUUUAAAUUUAGCUUACUGCAGAAAGUUCACAGACAAAGGUCUACAGUACCUUGGCUCUGGAAGAGGAUGUCACAAACUCAUCUAUCUGGAUCUUUCAGGCUGCCUCCAGAUCACAGUGGAAGGCUUCAAGAGUAUUGCUAAAAGCUGCAGUGGGAUCCAGCACCUCGUCAUUAAUGAAAUGCCUACUCUGACAGACAGAUGCAUUCAGGCCUUAGUGGGAAAGUGCCAAAAGAUUAUUUCUGUUGAAUUUAACGAGGCCCCACAUGUUUCUGACAUAGCCUUUAAAGCACUUGCUGAAUGUCAGCUGAUCAAGAUCAAAAUAGAAGGGAGUAAUCGGGUUACUGACCUAAGUUUCAAGAUGAUGAGCAAACACUGGCCCUGCUUAGAUCGCAUUGGUAUGAUUGACUGCCAGAAGAUAACCGAUACCGGACUCAAACUAAUUGCACCAUUGGCUAAUGUUGCUGUGCUCAAUUUAUCAGAUUGCACAAGAAUCAGUGAUGCCGGGUUAAAAUCAUUUGCUGAAGGUUUUGCUGGCUCAAAGAUAAGGGAACUGACCUUGGCCAAUUGUUCCACUAUCACUGACAACACUCUCAUCAUAAUAGCUGAAAGGUGUAUAAGACUGGUGUAUCUGAACCUGCGGUCCUGUCAUGCUGUGACUGAUACUGGAAUUGAAGUUUUAACAAUGUUGCCUUCAUUGACUCAUAUUAACAUUUCUGGAAUUGACAUCAGUGAUCAUACUUUGGAUGCUCUUGGCAGAAACGGCAAAAUCAAGGAGAUUAUUGUAUCGGAAUGCAGGUCAAUUUCUGAUACAGGAAUAAAGAGAUUCUGCAUAGAUGCCAAAAAUCUAGACUACAUGGAUUUAUCUUUUUGCCAGCAGUUGUCCAAUCAGUCAAUAAAACAUUUGUCAUUCAACUGCCACAAACUUACCUCCCUCAGUAUGGUUGGUUGCUCCAAGGUAACUGAUACAGGUGUGCAGUACUUGGGAGCAAUGUGCGCUUACCUUCACUACUUGGAUAUCUCAGGCUGCACUAAUGUUACUGACAAAUCACUGAAGUGCCUGUGGAAAGGUUGCUUGCAGCUCCGAAUUCUUAAAAUGCUGUACUGCCCAAAUGUUACCAGGCAAGCAGUUUCCAAGUUUACAUCAAGACUCCAGAAAUAUGAAUACAAUAAUGACGACCCCCCACAGUGGUUUAGUUAUGAUAGUCAGGUAUUCACUCCAAGAAAACAGAAAAAAAGUUGGCACGUGAAAGAAGUCUCAACAUUACAUCAGAUAGCUCAGAACUUGAAGAACCUAAAAAAUGAAGACUAAAACCACCAAUUAUUUUUGUUUGUUUUAUUACAACAUAUUAUAAAGAAGUUUUAGAAAUGUAUUCAUUAUUAUUUUUACAGUCUAUUGUAAUUGCAUGAAGUAAAAUUGAUGCCUUCAGUAGAUGCUACAAGAACGACCUGUUUACAAAGAAUAUAUUUUGUCUACCAGCACUGAACACCAUUUGCCUAUAGCAAAAGCUUAUCUGUAUUUCAUUGCAAUAAAAUUGUUAGAAAAUGAA